CCCCUGGGCAGUGAGUGACAGCCAGUGCACAUGGCUGGGGACAUCGGGAUGGCCGGGAAGGUGGCGCUGCUCCUGUGGGCCCAGACCCUCGGCCUCGCUGGUGCCCAGACCACCCAGCUCCUGGUGGAGCCCCCCUGGAGGCCGGCGGUGCUGUGGGACCGGGUGACACUGACCUGCCAGGGCUCCGGUGCCACCACCUGGUACAAGGAUGGGAAGCGCUGGGGGCAGAAGGGACCUGACCACAUCACUGUCACCGAGAAAGGCACCUACACGUGUGACAGACCCGACACCGGGCUCAGCCCCCCUGUGAAAGUCUCAAACGACUGGCUGGUGCUGCAGGUGCCGGUGCGGGCACUGCUGGAGGGGGACACGGUGACACUGCGCUGCCGGGGCUGGCAGAACCACACGGUCACCUCGGUGUCCUUCUACCGAGAGGGGACAGAACUGAGGGGGCUCCCCGAUGGCACAGAGCUGUCCCUGUCCCCUCUGCAGCUGAACCACAGCGGCCGCUACAGCUGCAAGGGCUGGGUGGAAUCCUGGGCGUGGAAGGAGUCAGCGCCGGUGACAGUGACAGUGCACGAGCUCUUCUCGGUGCCAGUGCUGGUGCUGGAGGGUCCCCCCGAGAUCACCGAGGGGUCCCCCCUGACUCUCAGCUGCCGCAGCACCCCCAGCCCCCUGCGGCCCCCAGCCCCCCUCCUGUACCUGUUCUAUCAGGACGGGCGGGUGCUGGGGGGCCCGCAGGGGUCCCCGCAGCUGCUGCUGCCCGCCGUGGGGGUCUCCCACUCGGGGAAUUACAGCUGUGAGGCGCAGUCCCAGGGUGGGACCGUGCGGAAGAGCAGCGCCCGGCUCCGCGUCACGGUGACCGUGCACAUGCCCGUGGCCAAUGCCACCAUCACCCCCGGUCCCCUGGCACACCAGGUGCACACAGGUGACAACGUGACCCUGCGCUGCUCAGUGCAGGUGGGCUCAGCCCCUGUCACCUUCACCUGGCUGCACAACGGGCACGAGGUGGCCCGGGGUCCCCUCCUGGAGCUCAGGGACAUCGAUGUGGGACAUUCGGGCACCUACCAGUGCGUGGCCACCAACCAGCUGGGACAGGACGGGCACCGCGUGUUCCGGGCAUUCAGCCCUGAGCUGGCACUGGAGGUGACACCUGGCUCACCCUGGGUCACAGGUGGGGUCACUCAGGUGGCCGCAGGGGUCAGUGGGGCCCUUUUGUUCCUGCUCCUGCUCGUGGGUGCCAUUGUGGCCUGGCACCGGUGGCACCGUGUGGGUGGGGCCCCCCCGGAUCCCCCGGCCCCCCCAGAGGAGGGGGAGGUGCUGUACACCCACGUCGUGGUCACCAAGAGGGCAGAGGCGUCCCCCGGUGCCACCACCCUCCAGGAUCCCCAGGUGACCUACGCGGAGCUGAGGGGACACCAGGGGCGAUCGCAGGAACCCGGUGACAUCUACGGGAAUGUGCUGUGAGACUGGGGGGAACUGGGGGGCACUGAGGGUCCCCACCCAUGGGCACCCACUCGUGUGUGUGCUGCCACUAAAAAAUUGCUCCUCAACCUCCUUGUGGAGGCACAAAGAUCCCAAAGGGCUGAGAGAAGAACAAUUUCCUGAAACAGCAAUGAGAGAGAAUA